AUGGGUAAAAUCGAACACCAGGGUUCGGUGAGUCAUUCUCAUGGGCUCGGUGGAAGUCAAGAUUAUAUGAUUCACAGUCGAACAUGGACAAAUGGUGGAGGUGAUGGCUUCGGUAAUAACCAACGUCAUGAUAGGUACAGCAAACCCGGUGACCUUGCUGUAGUAAACAAAAAAAACAUUGAUCUGCUGUUGAUUGGCAAAACCGGAAGUGGUAAAAGUGCCACCGGAAAUACAAUUCUCGGCAGGAAAGUUUUUAAAACCUCUCCAAGCUCGUCAUCAGUGACUAAAAACGUCCAGUCGGAUUACACGGAGUACAAGGGUGUUGAGUUUAAGGUGGUUGAUAGGCCUGGUGUGGGAGACACAGACUUAACACAAGAAGAAGCAGACGAGCAGAUUGAUAAGGCCAUGAAAUACGCCAUGGCAGACAAUCCUAAAGGAUAUCACGCGUUUUUGUUGGUGGUUAGAUAUGGCGGGAGAUUUACGAAGGAAGACCAACAAAUGGUUGCAGCAUUGAAGAAAACUUUUGGCGAAGAUUUUGUAAGAAGUUGGUGUAUACUUUUGGUAACUCACGGCGAUAUCUUCGACCCAGAAGAUGCCGGUGUCAAUUCGUUUGAAGAAUGGUGUUUAAAUCAAAAAGGAAUUUUCGGCGAUUUGAUUAGAGAAUGUGACAGUCGAGUUGUUUUGUUUGACAAUAAAGACAAAACCAAAAGAAAUCAACAGUUAGAUUUACUAAUUGAAAUAAUUGAUAAAUUAGGCCAUCGAAAUCAGCGAUAUUCCAACGAUAAAUUUAAACGAAUAAGCGAGGAGAGAGACAGGCAAAUGCAAGAAUCUAAAAGCUCCUUUUUAAAAGAAGAAAUUCUGAAGGAAGCAAGCAUUAUAGUGGAAGAACUCUCCAAACUCAAUCAGUACGAAACAGACUUUAAGUUGAGUACACUAGAAUCACUAGAGCUUAGAAUUAAGCUGUUGCUUCAGGAUCUUUAUUCACAAGAUAAAAAUACAGGAAAGUUUGGUGAAAUCAUCCAAAAAGGGAUGAUGAUUCAAGAGUACAUUUCUGAAAUGAUUAAAAAAACAAAAGAUGAACAGAUUACAAAAUUAAAAGAACAGGUAUUGGACGAGAAAAUAAGAAGAUUGGCAGAACGCGAAAAAUUUCAAGAACAGCGAUCAGAAGACUUAAGGCAUUACCAGGAAGAUAGAAAAGGGGGUAGAAAUGCUUUGAUCGUUGCAGGAAAUUACGUACUUGAUUUUUUGAAAUUAAUUGGAUUAAAUGUAUUCAAAUUUAUUGGAUUAGCUUAAACGACACUUUUGAAAAAUUAUCCAAAAUUAUAUCGUGUGCGUGUACAUUUGUGUUUAGGUGUUAGUGCUUUUGUAUGUG